AAAGAAAGAUAAUAAAAUCAGUCAGUGACCCCUGGAAUAAUGGAAAGAAUACGGAAUUGUGUGAUUUCCAUCGUGAAUUUAAUCCUUUCUGCGAUAUUUUACUUUUAAAAGUGAAAUAGGAGCUCAAAUAAAUCAUGGAAAACGAAAGUUUCAGUGAUAAAGUUGAGGCUUAUUUUUCGGAACUUGGGCGAUGGAAAGUGUGGCGAUGUAUAAUUUUAGGGCAAGCGUUGUCCCUGCUUCUCAGUUGUAAGUGCAUUUUGACGACUUUGCUCCAGAGUGCUACAUGGCAAUUUCCGACUACUGGACAGCUCGUAGUUCCGUAUUUAAUCCUCUUCAUACUCUUCACGCCUACCUUGCUUUGCAACGGUGUCAACAAGUUAUCCAAAAGAUGGUGGAUCCUCAUAAUGGCCUGUAUACUGGAUGUAGAAGCAGGCUGGUUGUUGGUGACAUCUCAACGCUUCACGUCCGUGCUCAGCUGACAGUUGUUAGCCUGCA